GAGUCGAAAGCGAUCGCCAAUAUGUCUCGCUGUCAAAGAUCGUCUGCUGCCAUCGUCGACCGUUCAGCAUAUUACCCUCUGCAAUAUCCUUGAAUUGUCUUCGGUUUUCAACGUCGCGUGAAAGUGGUGGAACCACAAGCUCUCAGCACGCAAGAAAGCAAUAAAAAACUUGCCCCGCUUCGACCACCACGAGUGACCUGGAAUUGCGCAGACCAGACCACCACGAACUGCGCAACGACCACCACGGGAACAUGGCAUCUGUCAACGGCGAUGUCAGUUUUGACAGCAUCCCCGAUGCAGUGGAGGCAUUCGCAAAGGGCGAAUUCGUCCUUGUCAUGGACUCCACCAAUCGCGAGAACGAAGGCGACCUGAUCAUCGCCGCAGAAGACUUCACUCCGGCAAAGGCGGCUUUUAUGAUCCGACACUCGUCCGGCUACCUCUGCGCGCCCAUCACGUCGGCUCUUGCUGCAAGAUUAGAACUACCUCAAAUGGUUACUCACAACUCCGAUCCCAACAGAACCGCAUACACCAUCACGAUUGAUGCGGCAGACGGUGUGACGACGGGAAUCAGCGCGCAGGACCGAAGCUUGACGUGCCGCAGAUUGGCGGAUCCGAAGGUACAGAAAGAAACGUUCAGACGGCCGGGUCAUAUCGUGCCGUUGCAGGCGCGAGAGGGUGGUGUCAGAGUACGAGGAGGACAUACCGAGGCGGGCGUCGAUCUGUGCUUAUUGGCCGGCAAGCAGCCUGUUUCCGUGAUUGCAGAAAUGGUACAGGACGGUGAAGAGGUGGAGGGUAAAGCUGAGCUUGCGGGUGACUUUGGCAUGAUGAGAAGAGAUGGGUGUCUGGCAUUCGCUCGUCGCUACGGGUUGAAGGUCAUCACAAUCGAGGACUUGAUAAGGCAUUUGGAGGCCAACGAUGGCAAAAAGGCUUGAAAUUUGGUCUCGAGCAUUCAUGUACAAAGAUGUGAAUAAUCUCCAAAGCGAUCUAUGCC